AUGGCGCCUCUCGUCUUUGUCAUAGGAGGCACUGGGGCACAAGGCAUCCCGAUCAUCCGCGGGCUCGUCAAGGAUAAGGCUUAUGCUGUGCGAUUUUUGACCCGCGACGCCACUUCGGCCAGAUCAAAGCAGCUUCUCGCCUUGGGAAAUGUUGAAGCCAUCGAGGGCACUUUCGCAAGUGAGAGCGAUCUUCGCAAGGGGUUUCGCGGGGCGCAAUACGCCUUUAUCAAUAUUGAUGGCUUCAACAGCGGCGAGAAAACUGAGACGUACUGGGCUAUAAGGUCGUAUGAGCUGGCACUGGAAGAAGGCAUCAGGUUCUUCGUCUACGGAAACCUCGACUAUGUGUACAAGAAGAGCGGAUUCGACCCAAAGUUCCGGACGGGUCACUACGACGGAAAGGGACGCAUCGGUGAAUGGAUCUUGCAACAGAAUAAGAACCCCGAGAUUGCCAAGAGAAUGGGCGCCGCCAUCUUCACAACUGGCCCUUAUAUACAAAUGGCUCUAGGUGCUCGCACGCCGAUGUCUCCUGUUGUCGGAGAUGAUGGAGUCGUCACCUGGUUUGUUCCACUGGGGUCUGGAACUGUGGCGCAUGUCGAUCUCGAUGAUUGCGAGCACUACGUUCGCUGGCUGUUCGAUCACCAGUACCGCUCAAACGGAUUGGAUCUGGAAGUUGCCAUUGAACUCGUCGACUAUCACGAGAUGGCCAGGGCAUUCGAGAAGGUGACUGGCCACCCUGCCAAGUAUGUGGACGUUUCCUUGGAAGAGUAUUGGGAAACAGGUCCUCUCAGUGCUGCCAAAAAUGCUACAGCCGGGUACAACGCUGACCCUAAGGACCCUGCGACGAUGAACUUGCGCGACAAUUUCACAGGGUUCUGGAAUAUGUGGAAAUAUACCUACAAGGGAAAUGGUGGAGUCAUCAAACGAGACUUUGCCCUGUUGGAUGAGAUCCAUCCCAAUCGGAUCAAGUCGGUAGAAGAAUGGUUUCAACGGGAAGAGCAAAAGAGCAAGGAGCAGGGGUUGCCCAGCUUGUGGGAACGAGCCACCAGUUUGAAGCCUGUCCUGAAACUGGCCGAGGAUGGGCGAAAGGGUCGUCUAUAG